AUGACAAUACCAGAUGGAACAACGACAAGCAGUCCGAUGCUCAAUAAGAAUAAGAAUAGUACUAGAGAAAAAUCACCAUCUCGCUUGUCGUAUCUAAUACGACCAACAACGCCAUGUAUAUUUGGAACAGAAAGUUACGAUGAUAAAUUAGUAAAUGAGGAUGAAUUCUUCCUAACUGCAGGUGGUAUUAUUCAUUCAUGUCCGAAUAUCUAUGAAUUAUUAAUAAACGAUGACUAUGAAAAUCGACAAUGUCAAUCGUGUGAUCAUUUUAUGUUUAUUCAUGAACAAACAACAUCAAUAGAUACUCGUUUAAACACGUAUGAUACAGAAUUCAAUCGUUAUUCCAUUUUGCCACGUUUUCAACCGAUAUCAUCCUCAUUACUAUCAACUGAUUCGAUCAAUUCCGAAAUAGAAUUAUAUAAGGAAAGACAUGCAUUUGGUCUUUCUCGAAACUAUCAGAAUGCUGUAUCAAUAAACUCUUCAUUGUUACCAAAAAUAUGGAAAUCUGACAAUUAUCUUUUGUGCAUACCUGCUCUUCAUCGUGGAUUUUCAUUAUCAACUUCAAUUGAUACGAAUAAACGAUCACAUUCAAAUAAUAUUCCUAUUUGA